GACAAACGUCCAGAUCAACGGAAAUGAUCCAUGACUGUUCGCUUUCUCAUCUGUCUUCGUCCCUGCCCUGCACCUCACGGUUUUCUCACUUCGUUCUCCCAACUAUUGUUAUCCUUUAUAACUAUUGCCGUCUAUUAUAUCUCUAUUAUUUCCAGAGAUUUCAACAUCCAAGCCCUCCUAAUUUAUUUGAUACACAAGUAUCUUGUAGAAAAGGAAGACAUCGUUUGUUCUUUAAUUUUCUGACCGCCUCCUUUGUGCUUCACGUUCAAUCUUAAGCGGACGCUGUUCCUUUCUGUCCCUCUCCGUCCGUCACCGGAGUUUGCGUUCUUUGAAUCGCGCAAGAUAGGCAGAGACUCAUCCGUUAGCUUUCUCUGUCCCAAUUCUGUUGACUUCGGCUUCAUUGUUUCCGGAAACAAAAUGAAGAAAUUCCAAGGUUUUUUGAGAUGUCCUUCUUUUACAUGCCAGCAGGAGCCCGUUUGAGACUCUCUGGUUAUUAAGAUCGGAAGGUUCUUUAUAUGUAACCACUUGGAGACAGAAAUUUCUGAAAGUGAUUUUGAAUUUAGUAACUAAACCAUAAGCGUGUUCAUAAUCUCUGGUUCUGUAAUUGGUUGUUCUAGAGGCCAACAAAAUGGCCUAUGAUUUGAGUUCUGUACUCUCGAAGUUGCAAAUGCUAUCCACGUCUGAUCAUGCCUCGGUCGUCUCCAUGAACCUAUUUGUAGCACUGCUUUGUGCUUGCAUUGUGAUUGGACAUCUUCUUGAGGAGAACCGGUGGAUGAAUGAGUCCAUCACUGCCCUAUUAAUUGGUCUUUGCACUGGUGUAGUAAUUUUGCUGAUUAGUGGUGGCAAAAGCUCACAUCUUCUUGUUUUCAGUGAAGAUCUUUUCUUUAUAUACAUUCUGCCACCUAUUAUAUUCAAUGCCGGGUUUCAGGUGAAAAAGAAGCAGUUCUUUAAAAACUUCAUCACCAUUGUGUUGUUUGGUGCUGUUGGUACAUUAAUAUCAUGUAGCAUCAUAACUUUGGGUGUUACGGAAGCUUUUAAAUGGUUGAAUAUUGGCUCAAUGGAUGUAGGGGAAUAUCUUGCAAUUGGUGCAAUAUUUGCUGCUACAGAUUCUGUGUGCACAUUGCAGGUGCUAAAUCAGGAUGAGACUCCUUUACUCUAUAGUCUUGUAUUUGGGGAGGGAGUUGUUAAUGAUGCUACAUCUGUGGUACUUUUCAAUGCAAUCCAUAGCUUUGACCUCAACAAUAUUGACCUCAGAACUGCACUGCGGUUUUUUGGCAACUUCUUGUAUCUCUUUGCUGCGAGCACCAUGCUUGGGGUUUUGGCAGGUCUACUUAGUGCAUACAUCAUCAAAAAGCUGUAUAUUGGAAGGCACUCAACAGAUCGUGAGGUGGCUCUUAUGAUGCUAAUGGCAUACCUUUCAUACAUGCUUGCUGAAUUAUGCUAUCUGAGUGGCAUCCUCACUGUAUUCUUUUGUGGAAUUGUGAUGUCACAUUAUACCUGGCAUAAUGUUACUGAAAGCUCGAGAGUCACUACAAAGCAUGCUUUUGCAACAUUGUCAUUUGUUGCUGAGACUUUCUUAUUUCUUUAUGUUGGUAUGGACGCCUUGGACAUCGAAAAGUGGAGAUUUGUCAGUGAUAGCCCUGGCACAUCAGUAGCAGUUAGCUCAAUAUUGCUGGGUCUAGUACUUGCUGGGAGAGCAGCUUUUGUUUUUCCCUUAUCCUUCUUAUCGAAUUUGGCUAAAAAGUCACCAAAUGAGAAAAUUUCCAUCCGGCAGCAAGUGAUCGUUUGGUGGGCCGGUCUUAUGAGGGGUGCUGUUUCAAUGGCACUUGCCUAUAAUCAGUUCACGAUGUCAGGUCAUACUCAACAGCGGUCCAAUGCAAUCAUGAUCACCAGCACCAUUACUGUUGUGCUUUUCAGCACUGGGGUGUUCGGUUUGAUGACUAAGCCACUCAUAAGGCUUUUGCUGCCUCAUCCCAAACACAAGGUCAGUGUGACUGGGGCAGAUUCAUCUACUCCAAAAUCUGUAACUACGCCAUUGCUUGGUGCCGCCCAAGAUUCUGAAGCUGAUCUUGGUGGCCAUAUUCAUCGUCCAGGCAGCAUUCGUGCACUAUUAGCCACUCCAACACACACUGUUCAUCAUUACUGGCGUAAGUUUGAUGAUGCAUUCAUGCGUCCAGUAUUUGGCGGGAGGGGUUUUGUUCCUGUAGAUCCUGGUUCACCUACUGAAAGCAAGGGUCAUUAUCAGUGGCAUGGGGAAGAGAACCAAAGAAACAUCUAAAACGUGAGGCUCUGUAAAUUCUGUGGAGUUCAAGCACUGAACCUCGUAUAGGAACUUUGGUGUGAAUACCUAGGGAUAGGGGACCGUAGUCCUCUCUGAAUCUCCCUUUUUAAACUGAACUGAUAUUUAGUUCACUGUUUUCACAAUUUAUUAUCAUAAAUUAGCGAAAUUUGCAGUUUGUGCACGCUA